AUGAAGUGCGUAUUCGUAGCCGUCAUGAAGGCCGCCAUCACAGUCGCCUGCCUUUCCGGGCUUGCCUCCGCAGGACCUCUUCUUGAGCCCCCCACCAUAUACAACGGGACCAUGGAAUGCCAGUACUCGUGGAAGUACGGGCGCCCAAGCAGGGACGAGAAGUGCGUCGGGACCCUGGUGUGGUGCUUCACGGGCGGAGCGCGCCAGCGCGGGAAGCAGAGCCCGGAGGAGGCAGAGUUCGCCUGCGCCGUCAAACGCGGGUUCGACAGGAGCCGCAUCAAGCUGCCGCUCGACAGCCUGAUCAACGGGACGGCGAGAGACGAGGUCGACAAUAAGCUCCGGGUCCUUAGCAGGCAGAUCGAUCGUACCAGGUUGAUCUCGCGUCUGUCCUACGUCAACGACCUGCAUCCCAUCCCUGACGAUCCGGAUCCCACGGUCCCUGCACUCGUUCGGGGGUUGUCUGUUGCAAGCAUGGCCGGCUUCAAGGAAACGCGACUGGUCGUCUCCAUCAGAGACCUCGCCUGGCAAGCGUUUGCGCCGCCCUUUGCAGAGAGCGCGUGGCACGCAGUCAUGCAUGCCUACCUGGGAAGCGUCGGCUUCGUACAGGAGGUGCUGCGGUCGCCGUGUUUCAACCCCAGCGAGGCCAUGGACAUUUUCGCCAUCAGCCACCCUGAGCCGCAAAACGAGACGGCCCUGGAGGAGAUGAGCAGCUCGCUGGAGAUCAUCGCGACCCUCGAGCUUCGGGCCCGCCUGAUCCUGCGCCUGCAAAGGUACUCUGGCAAGUUCCUGGACUCGAUCAACCCAGAUCGCGACAUGGAGGACGCGACGCCCGAGAUGACGGUCAUGAUCCGGCACCUCGUGGCGACUCUCAAUGCCACGGCAAAGCGGCGCAUACGCCGGAUCCAACUCGAGCUGAAGCUCGCAAAGGCAUCUGCCCGGCUGGCUUUCGGGAGCGAUUUCCCCGAGGCGGAACGUCUGGUGCUCGCCCUCCACCAAAAAUUCCAUCACGACCUGCGCCAGCAGUUGAUGCCCCUGUUUGCGUCGGACGUAGACCUGAACUUUUCGGAGUUCUACAAAUCUCCGAACUAUACGUUGCCACAGUAA